AUGUUGUCUUUCGACACCGUCACCCGACUCAUCGUCGGAAGCGCGGCUGCCGAGCGCAGCGAGAUCAAGCGCCUCGAGCGCAAGUACAAGCAUGUCGAAGCCGACCUCAAGUUGGUCCGAGAGGUGACAAAGGCCUCAACGACAGCGUCAUCCACCCACUCGCGCAAUACCAACAGCAUCCGCUCCGGACUCAUCACCAGCGCAGCUUCACCCACAACCACACAACGCAGUAACGGCGCAGCCUUGUACGAGGCAAAUCUGCAACGCACACAAUCCACCCCAGCGGUCGGCACCGUCCCAGUGGCCGGUCUGGACGAUCUCAAAAGAACAUACUCGGAGCCACGAAUCGGCGUCGCGAUCCCUCUGCCCGAAAUGACCGGCUUUGGGGGUUACCGGCGUGCCGUUGACGCCUCCGCAGAGUGGCAACUGAACCACCUCGAGCAGCGGCUCAAAGUUGACGGCGACAUUAUCGCUGGCUUCCUGGGUGAACACAAUCCACCUGUGGGCAUCGAUCCACAAAUCUGGCAGCAGUACCUGAACACCAAGGUCAAAGUCAGAGCCAAGGUCCACCGCCGGUGGCCCACGAGCAUCGUCACCACCACCGACCGUGCCGCCUCAACUGGGACUAUGUCGUCUACUGAGCCAGGCACGCCCAUCACAGACGCCUCGUCGGAGUACACCGACCCGGUCACGGGGACGAGAGUCGUCCGCGGCUUCACCAUUGGUGAUUCGACCACCAUUUCCAACACCUCCAGCGCGGCGAGCUCGUACAAUAAGAACAAGAGAGGCUUUGGCGGCAACAAUGAGCGAAACGACAAGCAAGGCCUGGUCAGCGCGUACCGCAGGGUCACUACAUCUUGUCGCGAAAUUGGACUGAACGCAGCGGCGCAAGGAUGCGCAAUCUCAUCGGACGAUGAAAAGGACGACGAGGAGUAUGACUCAGAGGACGACGAAGACAGUGAGUGGGAGGACAUGAAAUGA